AAGAAAUUGACCCGGGGGGAGCUGCAACCAUACAGGAAUGCUGGUGACUCGCCAGAAUGCUGGUACGAAGAUUUUGAAGACUUGACAGAUACAUCUCCGGAAGUUGGAUCGGCAGCCAUUCUGGGUAAGCAUGCAUACAUGAGCAUGCACACAUAUUGUCAAUUUAUUUUUUCCUUUACUAUGUCAUAGUUGUCAAACAAACUUGCAAGGAUAUAUGCUAACAAACUUUUACCAACUUUUUUCCCGACUUUUUUAUAAACUUGUGCGUUUUGCCUUUGCGUGAUAACUUUGGAUUCGCAUUUGCAGCAUUAUAGGUGUAAAUAUACAAGCGCCAUUACGCUGGCUGAGGGGCAACUUGUGUCUAUUUUCACUACGCACCUCAUGACGCUAUUUUAACACGCGAGUGGCCUAACCUGCUAAGCUGAGCUGUGCUUUUCCCACACAGAUUGUCUUUACUUAAACGGAAGCAGUUACCAUGGCAACAUAUCUGUGACAGCCUCGGAUAUUUAUGUCAGUCAUGGACAGAACAAUGUCCACAUCGUCAUACCAUGAACACCACAUAUCCAGAAUUAAAUAACGCCAAGAAUUACUGCCGCAAUCCCAAGAACUCGGGAAAAAGACCUUGGUGUUUUACUACAGAUAGAAACAAAAGAUGGGAGUACUGUGAUAUCCCUAAGUGUUCACCAGUUCACGGUAAUUAUGGCAAUUGGUCAUUAAAAGAAAAGUGUAAUGUGAGUUGCGGCGAAGGUUUUGAAACAUGGCGCGAGAUUGUAAAAAUCCUGAGCCAAAGUUUGGUGGAAGAAACUGUAGUAAAAUCGGAGAACCAGUUGAAUACAGACCGUGUAGGGCAAAACCCUGUCCAGUCAACAGCGGUUAUGGCAACUGGAGUGUCAUUAUUCCUUGCAAUGUUUCGUGCGGUGAAGGAGUUGAAAUAUGGCAACGUAAUUGUGAUAAUCAAGAACCAAAUUACAGCGGCAGUAACUGCAGUGGGCAGGGAAACUCGAUUGAAAUAAGGAAAUGCAAAAGAAAAACUUGUCACAUUGCUGGUAGUUAUGGCAACUGGACAAAGGCGUCUCCCUGUAGUGUCACGUGUGGUCAAGGUGUUGAAAUAUGGAUGCGACUGUGUAAUAUACCGCCUGGAGCUGAUUUCAGAGAGAAUUGUAGUAAGCUGGGAGCAGCUUAUCGGUUUCAAGUAUGUGAGAUGAAACAUUGCUCAGAUAUUUCCAAAACCCGGACGAUUUCUAUUAUCAUUGCUUCUGUUGUUUCUGUGUUUCUCGUCGUAGUUUUUGUUUUGAUCGUUCGAAAACAAAAACCCAAAGAAGACUCUUCACAUUCAGCAACUCCGGAAAACUGUCCUCCAGAGUACGGUAAUCUUACACCUGAUGGAAAUCCGAUUCCACAUUAUUCACGUGGUGUUGUGCUGUGGAGAAGAGAUUAUGUCAACACACAUUCUUCGCAGAGCUCUUGGUAUGACAGACUCCAGCUUUUUCCACCAUUGGCUGUUGAAUGGCUUCGAAACGCGUGGGGAAAUGUUGAUGAGUCUGGCAACCAUGUAUAUGACGUCCUGGGACGUCAUGUCAGAAAUGUCUUCGUUCCUUACGACGAUUUGUGUUUCAAAACAAAUACGGUGCAAGAGGGAAAUGGGACAGAACUUUACGACACUCCAGAAAGAUCCUCAGCAGUCAUAUUACCCACAGAAAUUGCUAACUAUCCCACGACCCAGAUUGCUUAAUAAUUAACAUCUGUCUCUCUUCCCUAGAAGUCGUCUAGUUUUUUUUUUAUCGAAGAACUCUCUCUUUACAGCGUUAGUAGUUUGGUAUUCAUUUUUGCAUUUUCCCUAAGCUUGGGAAAAUUUCCAGAAUUCAUUUCUCAUGCAGCACAUCUUCAGCAACAUUACCAAGCAAAUUCAAUGAGAUUUUAUUAUCGUACUUCGGGUCUAUUUUAUGUUAAAAUAAGGUUAUUCAUGCAUCGCAACAUCGCGACAUGCACAGCUGGAUAGAGCAUCCGAAAAUUAGUAAAAUCAAAAACCUUUAGCAAUGAAACUUUAGAAACCUGCAAGUUUUGUAUAAGUUAUCGUAAUAGUAAGGAAAUAGAGCAAACGAUCCUUACAUGAGGAGAAAACGCCUCACCGAUAUUACGAAUAACGCGUUACUGGAAAGUAAUUUUGCGAAAAAUAAUUGGCUGAUAAUUCUAUAACUUAUUGCUGCGGAGCGAGCGAGCCUGAAGCGAGCGAGCGUAGCAGCAGUCUAAUUUGUGCAGAGAGGGGGUUCUGAACUAAAUUUUAUUUAGCGCAAGGAAUUGUGGUCGUGCGCGUUUUUUAUGCGUAGAAGACAAAUUUUAA